AACACAAAUACGAUAUGUAUUUAAGUGUGAGCCAAAAUGCAAAGGCAAGGUCACGCAUUUUUUCCUAAAUAAAAAACGGGGAUUUCGCUUUCGUUCUUCUUCUUCGUUCGAUUAAAAAAAAAGGAGUUGCUUUUCGCACCAAAACCAUAGAAUUUCAUCGAAAUGUCUUGCAGCUGCGUGGUUAUUCAAGAAAUUGGGGAGGAGGAUGAAGUGAAAUCGAGGUCCGGACCGUUGAAAUGGCGAUCAGAGCGCGUGUUCCCAAUCUACGCCAUGGGAAACCUAAAGCUGAGCGCGAGUUCGAAGAAAGUUAUUUCAGACUUCGAGGCUUCGGCUGAUCCUAUUUGGGAUUCGAUUCGAGCUGAAGCCAAGUCCGAGGCUGAGAAGGAGCCAAUUUUGAGCAGUUUUUUGUACGCAAGUGUCCUGGCUCAUGAUUGCUUGGAGCGAGCAUUGGGGUUUGUACUGGCAAAUAGGCUUCAGAACCCGACGCUGUUAGCGGCGCAGCUAAUGGACAUAUUUGAUAAAGUUAUGAUGAAUGAUAGAGGUAUUCAACGCUCAAUUCGCCUGGAUGUUCAGGCAUUUAAGGACAGAGAUCCUGCUUGUGGAUCAUAUAGUUGGGCAUUGUUGUACCUUAAGGGAUACCAUUCACUUCAGUCAUAUCGUGUGGCUCAUGCAUUGUGGAAUCAGGGACGUAAAGUAUUGGCAUUAGCAUUGCAAAGUCGAAUUAGUGAGGUUUUUGCUGUUGAUAUACACCCAGCUGCAAAAAUUGGAGAAGGGAUAUUGUUGGAUCAUGGAACAGGUCUAGUAAUUGGUGAAACUGCUGUUGUUGGGAACAGGGUUUCUUUGAUGCAGGGCAUUACAUUAGGUGGCACAGGCAAAGAAACUGGUGAUAGACACCCUAAAAUUGGUCAUGGCGCUCUUAUCGGUGCUGGUGCUACAAUUCUUGGUAAUUUAUCAGUUGGUGAAGGUGCUAUGGUUGCCGCGGGUUCCCUUGUGUUAAAGGAUAUACCUCCCCACAGCAUGGUUGCUGGAAAUCCUGCAAAGAUUGUUGGACGUGUUGAAGAGGAAGAUCCAUCCCUCUCGAUGAAGCAUGAUGCUGCGAAAGAUUUGUUUGAGCAUACGAUUUUUGGUUCUGCUCAAGGAAAAGUUAAUGGGGCCCUUCAUUGUGAGCACAAAUGCUAAAUUGAGGAGGGCGGAGUUCUGGUUCACUAAGCGUCAGGGCUACCGAUGAAUAGACACCCCUUCGAUGGAGAUUUAGCCCACUAUUAUUUGUGGGAAUACAUUCAAUUUUCAUGAAAACGCCUGUUAAAGUUUCUCAUGAAAGGCCAUUGUUAUGUAAUUUAUAGGAAAAUAUUUUGUAAGAAUAACUAUCCGUUCAUUUAAUAAACAAGACGAGUAUGUACUAACGAUGGACGCUAUCGCGUCAAUGGUUUUUAUCUGCAUUUAAAUGGCAUAAUUUGUCUUGGCUCUGUAA